AGAGAGAGAGAGAGAGAGAGCGGCGAGAGGGACAACUGCGAGAGGGGAAGAAAACCUUCCAUCAAAUCUGAGUUUCGCCGAGUUUGGCGGCUGCUGGUUGCCUGGGAAGAAGGGCUGAGAGGCUGGGCUGUUGCUGCUUGCCUGGAAAGAAGGACUGAGACCUGCGCGAGAGACGAAGAGCAAUUAGAGGAGGAAGAAGAAGAAGAGGGACUAUCCGUACUCACUUUUCAGUCGCGAAUCAAACUGAAUUGAUGAAUCUGCAAGUGGGUCUAGUCUGAUACUCCGGGUUGGGCCGAUACCUUGAACUGAUAUUUGGUUGUUUUGUAAGUUGGUCUGCUGAAGAGCAAUAAUGGAAGAGUUGAAACCCAAACCUAGGAGGGAAGAGUCAGAAAGGAAGGAUGAGAUGAAGAGUCAUCGCGACAGGGAGGGUCGUGAGCGCAACAGGGACAGGCACACUGCCAAGGACAAGGACAAAGACAGGAACCAUCAGAAGAAGGAUCGGGAGAGCCGGGCCUCGGAGAGGGAGAAGAGUAUUGACGACAAGUACAGGGAAAGGGAGAAACACAAGGAAAGACAUAGAGAUAGGGACAAGGAGAAAGAAAGGACCAGAGAAAAGGGUCGGGAUGAUGAAAGAGCUACAGAUAAGACAAAAGACAGAGAAGAUAGAGAUGGGGACAGAGGCAGGGAAGAUAAAGAGAGGGAGAGAGAGAAGCGGAGUGAAAGCAGAGAGAGGGAAAGGGAGAGAGAUCGUGAAGGUAGAGAGAGGGAGAGAGAAAGAGAGCGGGAGAAAGAAAGGGAGAGAGAGAAAGAGCGGGAGAGGAGGGAGAGGGAGCGUGAAAGAGAAAGGGAAAGGGAAAGGAGGGAGAGAGAGAGAGAAGAAAGGGAUAGAGAGAGGGAGAGAGAGAGGGAUAGGAUCCGGGACAAGGAGAAGCGUAGAGAAAUUGAAAAGGAUUAUAGUUUUGAGGAUGGCGAUGUUAGAGAUCGUGACAGAAAGCGGCGUAGGAGGGAGGAUGAUAAUAAGGACAGGGAGCAUGAACGGAGCAGCAAGUCCAACAGGAACAGGGAUGGGAUUGAAGAUGGUAGCCCUAGAAAAAGAAGUGAUGAAGACUCAUCAUCAGACAAUAAAGAGAAGACCCGAGAGGAGGAUCUUGAGGAAGAACAACGGAAGUUGGACGAGGAGAUGGAAAAGCGGAGGAGGAGAGUUCAGGAAUGGCAGGAGUUGAGAAGGAAGAAGGAGGAAUCUGAGAGGGAACAGGAUGGAGUUCCAGCUAACAAUGAUGAACCCAAGUCUGGCAAGACAUGGACCUUGGAAGGGGAUUCUGAUGAUGAUGAAGCUGUUCCUGAGGAGAAAUUGGACAUGGAUAUGAAUGCGGAUGAAGCUGCCAAGCCCAUAGAUGUAGAUGGAGAUGGCAUGGUGAUUGAUUCGGAGAAUGGGGUUGCUCUACCCCUUCCACAAAACCAGACUGAUGGGGCUGAUGGAGAUGACGAAAUUGAUCCAUUGGAUGCUUUCAUGAAUUCUAUGGUAUUGCCCAAAGUCGUGAAACUAAACAAUGUCGAGGCUCUUGCAUCAGAUGAUAAGAAUUCUGACUUGAAUAAUGAUAAUAGUGUCCCAAUUCAUGGGCAACAGCCUAGAAAACAAAUGAACAAGUCUAUGGGCAGAAUCAUUCCCGGUGAAGAUUCUGAUUCAGAUUAUGGGGAUCGUGAGAAUGAGGAAGAUCCUUUGGAUGACGAAGAUGAUGAUGAAUUUAUGAAACGGGUGAAGAAGACUAAAGUUGAGAAGCUAUCAAUUGUUGACCAUUCAAAAAUUGAAUAUCCUCCAUUCCGGAAAAAUUUCUAUAUCGAAGUGAAGGAAAUCUCAAGGAUGACUCCUGAAGAAGUUGCCGCUUACAGGAAACAACUGGAAUUAAAGCUAUAUGGAAAGGAUGUGCCAAAGCCAAUUAAAACUUGGCACCAGACCGGAUUAGCUACUAAAAUUUUGGAGACAAUAAAGAAGCUAAACUAUGACAAGCCAAUGCCAAUUCAAGCCCAGGCACUGCCAAUAAUUAUGAGCGGUCGAGACUGCAUAGGUGUUGCGAAGACAGGCUCCGGCAAAACACUAGCAUUUGUGUUGCCCAUGUUGAGGCAUAUCAAGGACCAGCCACCAUUGAUGUCUGGAGAUGGGCCUAUUGGGCUUAUAAUGGCACCUACAAGAGAGCUUGUUCAGCAAAUCCACAAUGACAUCAAGAAGUUUGCAAAAGUAAUGGGUAUCGGCUGUGUGCCUGUAUAUGGAGGUUCUGGUGUUGCUCAACAAAUUAGUGAAUUGAAAAGAGGCACUGAGAUUGUUGUCUGCACCCCAGGUAGGAUGAUUGAUAUACUUUGUACGAGUGGUGGGAAAAUAACAAAUCUCCGUAGGAUCACCUACUUGGUCAUGGAUGAAGCUGAUAGAAUGUUUGAUAUGGGUUUUGAGCCUCAGAUCACACGGAUUGUCCAAAAUACUCGACCUGACCGACAAACUGUACUGUUUUCUGCUACUUUCCCUCGUCAGGUUGAAAUAUUGGCACGCAAAGUGUUGAACAAACCUGUGGAAAUUCAGGUAGGCGGCAGGAGUGUGGUCAAUAAAGACAUAACACAGUUGGUUGAGGUGAGACCUGAAGAUGAAAGGUUCCUUAGAUUGUUAGAGCUACUAGGAGAGUGGUAUGAGAAGGGAAAAAUUUUAAUAUUUGUCCAUUCACAGGAGAAAUGUGAUGCGUUGUUCAGGGAUUUGCUUAAGCAUGGAUAUCCUUGCCUUUCACUGCAUGGGGCCAAGGAUCAGACAGAUCGCGAAUCCACCAUUUCUGAUUUUAAGAGUAACGUAUGCAAUUUGUUGAUUGCUACAAGUAUUGCUGCCAGGGGUUUAGAUGUAAAGGAGCUUGAACUAGUGAUCAACUUUGAUGUUCCCAACCACUAUGAAGACUAUGUUCACCGUGUUGGUCGUACUGGUAGAGCAGGCCGGAAAGGCUGUGCUAUCACAUUUAUAUCUGAAGAAGAUGCAAGAUAUGCACCAGAUCUUGUAAAAGCCUUGGAACUAUCUGACCAAGUUGUUCCUGAAGACCUGCAAGUUCUUGCAAAUGGUUUCAUGGCAAAGGUGAAUCAGGGACUUGAGCAAGCCCAUGGGACUGGUUACGGUGGAAGUGGUUUUAAAUUUAAUGAAGAGGAAGAUGAAGUGAGGAAAGCAGCAAAGAAAGCACAGGCCAAAGAAUAUGGUUUUGAGGAAGAUAAAUCAGACUCAGAUGAUGAAGAUGAUGGGGUGCGAAAGGCAGGUGGUGACAUCUCACAGCAAGCUGUCCUCGCUCAGGUUGCUGCCCUUGCUGCUGCCACUAGGGCGAAUACAGCUGCGUUGCCAACACAGGUCGCAGCUGCUCAACUGCUUCCCAAUGGUGGAUUGCCUGUUUCUCUGCCAGGGGUUCUUGGUCUAUCAGUACCUGGUCCAACUGCAGUUAUGAAUGGGACUGCACUGCCAAUUGCCGCCAAUGAUGGGGCAGCUAGGGCCGCAGCAUUAGCAGCUGCCAUGAACUUGCAGCAUAACUUGGCAAGGAUUCAGGCCGAUGCUAUGCCUGAACAUUAUGAAGCAGAGUUGGAGAUAAAUGAUUUUCCUCAAAAUGCUCGUUGGAAGGUAACACACAAGGAAACAUUGGGUCCGAUUUCAGAAUGGACUGGAGCUGCUAUUACAACUAGGGGGCAGUAUCAUCCACCUGGUAGGAUCCCAGGACCGGGUGAAAGAAAGCUUUACUUGUUUAUUGAGGGCCCUACUGAACAGUCAGUCAAGAGGGCGAAAACUGAAUUGAAACGUGUGUUGGAGGACAUCACAAUGCAAGCAUCAUCACUUCCAGGUUCAGCUCAACCAGGCCGCUACACGGUUGUGUAAGAACUAGACACGAUCUCUGUAUGGUGGUGUAUUAUUUCUUGCUCGGUAUACUAAAGUAGUUUAUCUAUAUCGAGUGUGGGAAUUGUUUAUGGUAGACCCAUCUCAUCUUUUGGCUGGUUGAAUGUAAUGGGACUUGUAUGUGAUCCAUUCUUUUUUGAAUUAUUGUAGUUCACUUACAUUUUUUCUUCAUAUAUGAGUAUGACUUUCACUUGAUGUAGAAACAUUAAGAGAUACUGGAAUUAUGAUGAUGCAUA